UGCUGCUCAGCAUGGCUCAGCCCAACUCAUGCUUCAUUCUGAUCUCCUGCCUGAUGUUUCUGUCUCUGAGCCAAGGCCAAGAGGUCCAGACAGACUCGCCCAAGGCCCGGAUCAGCUGCCCAGAAGGCACCAAUGCCUAUGGCUCCUACUGCUACUACUUUAAUGAAGACCUUGAGACCUGGGUUGAUGCAGAUCUCUACUGCCAGAAUAUGAAUUCAGGCAACCUGGUGUCUGUGUUCACCGAGGCAGAGGGUGCCUUUGUGGCCUCACUGAUUAAGGAAACUAGCACUGAUGAUGGCAAUGUCUGGAUUGGCCUCUAUGACCCCAAAAAGAACCGCCGCUGGCACUGGAGCAGUGGGUCCCUGGUCUCCUACAAAUCCUGGGUCAUUGGAUCCCCAAGCAGUAUCAAUCCUGGCUACUGUGUGAGCCUGACUUCGAGCUCAGGAUUCAAGGGAUGGAAGGAUGUGUCUUGUGAAGAAAAGUUUUCCUUUGUCUGCAAGUUCAAAAACUAGAGGCACUGGGAAAUGGACGUAUAGAAGUGAUCCUGCAAUUA